AUGGGGUAUAAAACUCUGUGCUUUGGAUUCUCUUGUGUUCUAUUGGCUUAUUUUGUUUAUUCACCUGUUCCAGAGAACAUUGAAGAACCCUGGAAAGUGAGAUUCAUGGAUGCUCUCAUAAAAGUGACUUCACUUGUGGCCACAUUAUUUGAAAACAUAGGUCUUAUGAAAUAUGAAGAAGUAUUCUUAACUGCAUCAGCAAUUCACCUUACAAAACCAAUUUCAGAUGAAAACAUUACAGUGAUUGACACAAACUUUAGUGAUAUUCCUGUUCGUCUGUACUUGCCAAAAGGGACAUCUGAAAAGCAGAGAUCAGCUAUAAUAUUCAUUCAUGGUGGUGCCUUUGUAUUGGGAAGUUGUAAGAUGUCAGCUUAUGAUGACCUGAACAGAUGGACAGCAAACAAGCUUGAUGCUGUUGUUCUGGGAAUAGACUACAGACUUGCUCCUCAGUAUCAAUUCCCAGCUGCCCUUGAAGAUUGCGUUUUUGUGAUCAAGUUCUUUCUCCAGGAUAAAGUCCUUGCAGAAUAUGGAGUGGAUCCCUCUCGCAUCUGCAUUAUGGGAGACAGUUCUGGGGGUACCUUGGUAGCAACUGUGACUCAACUGCUACAGAAUGAUCCAGAAUUUAAAGACAGAAUUAAGGCACAAGCUUUGAUAUACCCUGGUCUACAAUCACUUGAUACUUUUCUGCCAUCUCAUCGAGAGUAUGAACAUGGUCCAAUUCUGCCCAGGGAGAUGGCAAUUAAGUUGGCGUCCCUAUAUGUGACUGAAGACAAAGCUCUGCCCCAGGCCAUACUGAGAAAUGAGCACAUGCCACCAGAGUCAAGACAUCUUUUCAAGUUUGUUAAUUGGAGUGAUUUCCUUCCUGAGAAGUAUAAAAAGAACCAUGUUUACACUGAGCCAAUUCUUGGAAAUUUGAAUGCUUCCUAUCCAGCACUUGUAGAUAGCAGGCUGUCCCCUUUGCUAGUCAAUGACUCUCAGUUACAGUGUUUGCCAUUAACUUAUAUCCUCACAUGUGAACAUGAUCCCAUAAGAGAUGAUAGUCUCAUUUACAUCACACGGCUUAGAAAUGUUGGGGUUCGAGUUACUCAUGACCACAUAGAGGAAGGAAUCCAUGGAGCCCUGUCAUUUACCAGAGCUCCAGUUUUUUUACAUCUAGGAUUAAGAAUAAGAGAUAAGUAUAUUAGUUGGCUAAAGGAAAAUCUAUAA